AUGGAGGCUUCCAUGAUUACAGGCUUCACUGAUAUGGAAUUGGAUGAUUUUAGCUUUAUUGAUCAUCUGCUGCAAGUCAACUCAUCAUCACUUGAACAAAUAGAUUUAUUUGGACCACCAUUGUUACCUUCUUAUGAAGAAGAUACUUAUAAAAAAGAUACAAAUUACAACCAAUUGCAAGUUAAGAGAUCUCCACAAAUCGAUCAUCAUACAAUCGUCGAGGAAAAACCUCUCAUCAAACAACACAUAACAAAUAAUUGGAACUCAUCAUAUGAGAUUGAUCAUGCAUUCACUUCACAAGAUGAUGAUUAUUCUAAUAUGAACAUGUUAUCUUUUUCAUCAUCAAGUUCUUCAAUUAAUUCACAAAAUUGCAUUCCUAAAGCCACUCAAGUUGCUAAGAAAAGUAGCGCCGCCUUGGCUAGCUUGUCACAACAACCUAAGGAUCACAUAAUAGCUGAGAGGAAACGCCGAGAGAAGCUUAACCAGAGGUUCAUUGCCUUGACAGCCACUAUUCCUGGACUUAAGAAGAUGGACAAGGCUUCAGUCCUUGGAGAUGCCAUCAAAUACGUGAAGCAAUUGGAGAAGCAAGUGAAGAAACUCGAGGAGGUAACUAAGACAAAAACAAUAGAAUCCGCGGUGUUAGUGAAAAGGUCUAGGGUUUUUGAAGAGGAAGAAAAUGAUCAGUUUAUAAAAGAAGGUCCAUUAUAUCCAGAAAUCGAAGCCAAAUUCUCAAACAAAGAUGUUCUUAUAAGAAUAAAUUGUGAGAAGAAAAAUGGAGUCGUCGAAAAGAUCAUUUCUCAUAUUGAAAACCUUCAUUUGGUUGUUAUCAAUAGUAGUACCUUGGUUUUUGGAUGUUCAUCUAUUGAUGCUACAAUUAUUGCUCAGAUGGAUGCUGAAUUCAGUAUGACAAGCAAAGAUCUAGUCAGACAUUUACAUGCUGCUCUUAAACGUUUACUGUGA